AUGGACAACGCUCCUUCACACAUUGUUGCUGACCUGGAACUCAUCAACAUCACGGUCCAGGUUCUUCCUCCUAAUACGACUUCAAAGGUCCAACCCAUGGAUGCUGGGAUUAUUGCCAUUCAAGAGGCACUACCGCUGCAUCUGCAGAAUGCCUUGGACCGUGACAGCGCGAGAAACCAACCUUUACAAUGUUGA